AUGGAUACGCGCUUGACCACGACUGAUGCGUUCGAGCUUCCAGAGACGUUUGCGUUGACGCAGCGACCGGUUGGGUCCGUGUGGGGGCUGACUUCUGCUACUACGGGGCCAUCAUCGAGCACCGGGGUCGUUCCGACUAUCUCUGCACCUGCGCCUUCAUGUGAUCCGUCUAUCACGGCAUUGCUGACGCAUCUGCUUGACAAACAACGUGCGGAUUCCGAAUCCUUAUUGCGCCAGUUCGCCGAUUUGACAGCAUUAGUUCAUUCCCAGCCCUCGGUGCCCCCUCAGGCCAGACCUGAUGCUACUCGGGCUGUCCUGGUUCUCCAGCAAGACCGACGCCCUCUAACCCAGGGCCAUCGUAAUUCCGAGCGCGCCCGGGAUGCAUUGAAUACCAGAAUUCAUUUUAAUUCCAAGAAAUGA